UGCAUUGAAUUCUCAAAACUAAAAUAUUUAAUGCAGCAAGUUUCUUAGUUUUGUGUAUCAGUCAUUGAGUUAGGUUUGUUGCUCUCCAUAUCAUAUCCUCAACUCAUUUAACAAAGAACAGCAGUUGUGAAAAAAGGAUGGCUUCUUUCUCAGUUGAGGAUUUUAUUGGGAAUGGAUCUCUGAAAAAAAUUCUCCCAAAGCUUCUGGAGGAAGGCUGGGAUGAUGUCCCAACUCUAAAGGUUAUGAAUUCCGAGGACAUGGAUGAUCUAGGCAUGACUCGACAGCAGAGGGAUGCGCUAGAAAUUAGGUCAUACCUGCAUGAUCGGGGGCUGGUGCAGUACGGAGAUAAGCUGGAGUCCUCGGAGAAAUGUCUUCCUGAGCUUCUCAGCUUGUCAACUGUGGAUCUUUCUUCUCAGUUCGGAAUGAAAAGGGGCCAUAUUGCUCGUUUUAUGGACCGAACCAGUGCAUGUGGCAUAGGUCCUUUACCAGCAUCAUAUUCUCUCCCAGCAAGAAAACGAAGCACUAUUCCUUCAAGAAAUAAUAGCAUGUAUAAGAGUGAACUUUCAUCUGUUAAUUCAAGAAAACUGCAAAGUGUGACCAAAUCCCCUGGACGAAGCAGUGCAGGUUAUGAUUUAUCCCUAGAGCAAUCCAAGGCAAGUUUUAAAAUAAAAGAUGGACAUGUAUAUAAAGGAAUUGUGGCUGCAAUGCCUGCAGAACCUAGAGCAUGUGGAUGUAUACAACCUCCUGAAAUAGUUGAGAACGUAGCCCCUUAUUCCUCGAUUGAGAAUAUCUCGAUUCAGAAACUAACUCCAGAAUAUAAGAUUGGAGUGGAGCGUUUGGUGAAAACUAGCACACCUCCGAUGAAGGCUUCAGAAUUAUGGCGUGAGAAACCAGCUAUACUCCUCUGCAUCCGUCGACCCGGGUGUAUCAUGUGCAGAGCCGAAGCCCACCAACUAUAUACCAAGAAACCCAUAUUUGAUGCACUCGGGGUCCAACUAUUUGCAGUACUUCACGAGCAUAUAGAUUCUGAGGUAAAAGACUUCUGGCCCAGAUACUGGGGUGGUGCCAUGCUGUUUGACAGAGGCAUGGAAUUUUUCAAAGCCCUAGGUGGGGGGAAGCUGCUGAAAGAUAAGUUCAUAUCUGGUUUUCUAUUCAACCGUAGAGCAAUUGCAAAUUAUAAACGAGCAAAGGCCAUGGGAGUGGACCAAAAUUUUAAAGGUGAGGGUGAGAUAAAAGGUGGCCUCUUCAUAGUUGGUAAAGGAAAGAGUGGCAUUGCUUACCAGUUCAUUGAGAGAAACUUUGGCGAUUGGGCACCUACUGCAGAAGUCGUAGAAAUCUGUACUCAUUUCCAGAAUCAACAGAGAAGUCAGUUUGAGUCGACAAAAUCAAUUCAAGGAGAAGAGGAGGUUGGUUUCUAAGAAGAAGAGAGUUAUUAGGCUUCUGUUUCAGUAACAACGUCGUACUCAUUCUGACUUUUAAGUUCUCAAACUCUUUGUAACUAUGGGAACAAUAUACCAAUCGCAUAUUUCAUUUGUUGUAUGAUUUUCUUCUACUUGACAUGAAUUAUUGAGUUGUAUCAAAAGGAUGCAUGAUUUGUUUAUUUUAUCAA